ACCAUUCAUCAUAUUUAAAAACCGAACGCUGUCGGUUCUUGGAGAGGGCUACUGACGAAGCUGUUCCAGCAGAAGCUUUGAGGCCACGUCGCCCAGAAACUUGGUUGUCAAACCAAUGGCUAGUUUAUAUGACUAGGAACUUGGGUUGUGCUAGUGGUGGUCUGGCGAUUAGGCCCUGGCCUGAGUGUCUUAGGGUCUAAUUGGGUGACUGCUCUAGCUCUAGCUACCAACUAGGACUGCUCGUCACUAACUUGUCAUUGGUUUGGGCCACCAAGUUUAUGCUUUCGUUAGUUAUGUUUUUUUAUCCUUUUUAAAAAUGGGGAUAACUUUUAAAACGUUAAAAGCUGUUAUAAAAGUUUAGUAUGCCAUAUUUUUUUUCAGACAUUUUUUGGAUUGAGGUUUUUUUUAUAUAAAUGAAUGAAUGAUGACUCUAGUUUUUUGGAGUUACGCAGCAAUCCAACCAAGCCGUUCAUUUGAAAUGGUUGAAAGAACAAAAACAAGUGUAAAUUAAUAGUAAAUCAUAAAAAUACUCAUCACUUUUUUUUAAUCGUUUAUCGUGUUAAAUUGAACGACUUUGAUUAAAUGACUAAGUUACUCUAAAAAGCCAAAGUCAUCAUUUAAUAUUAUAUAUAUAUAUUUUCAUUGAGGAUGAACAGGUUGAUUAACUUUAUUUUAUUGAUGGAUCACAGUAAAUCACUAUAAGUUACACUUUUGGAAAGACAGGUAACCUAUAUUGGAAAAAAGGGUAUCGACAAUGUAUAGGUUCGCUCACGGACACGAUGUAUCAGAGGAUACUUAUCGCACUAUUGUUCGAUUUUAUGAAUUUUAAAAAUAAAGUAACAUAAUUCAAAUUGAAUUAAAAAAUGACUUGUAUCGGCUUUGUACAGGUCAAUCUGAUGUAUAUCAACCAAUACACUUUGAUACAGAUAUGGAUAUUGGUAGAUGACUAGUGUUUUGACUUUUAAAAAGUAAUUUAUUUAUGCAUGGCACCUCAUUAAUUAUGAAUCAAGUUAAUCAGAUGUUUCACAAUUAAUGCACAUAGCCCUUAUAUUUGUCUUAUUUCAUAAAUGUACUUAAAUUUUGGUCUGACAUUGUAUUAUACUACCUUCAGCAGGUGGAUUAUGUGGUUUGCUAACUCAGAUUCGUAUUUAAGACUUCUAUUACUUCUAUCACUUUUAGCUUUCCCCUAUUAAAUCUCCUUAUUGAUUUUAUUUUAGUCAACUGACUUGGAUGAGCAGUCACAGUUAAAAACAAUUUAGAAAGGAAACUCUAGCUAAUUUGGCAAGAGAUUUGAAAGGAACGAUCCAAUUAGUUUUGUAAAAGAGGUUCGAAAAAAACUUAGGAGGUGUUUGAUGUUUGCGGAAAAAAAAUCCGUGGAUUUUUUACCAAGGAAAAAGUUUCUGGAAUGGGGUGCAGGAGAAAUUUUUUCCCACCCAUUCCAAUUUCAGGUUGCGUUUGACAUGGACAGAAAAUAUAUCUGGAAAAAUUUUCAAGUGGUUGAUGAACAUGGAGAAAAUCGAAAAUCCUGGAUAAGUUUACAUGGAGCGCAAAGAAAAAAGAAUGUUACACUUUACAAAAACAUGAAACUGGUCAUUCACACAAGAAUCACCAGCAACUGGAUUUUGCAGCAUGAAAGCAUACUCUUGCACCAAUGGCUGUCGAAGUCCCUAGUUCAUUGAGAAGCUAGGCAAGCAAAAACAAAAAUUGCCAUCGAAUCAGUGUUGCAGAAGCGUCUAAAUUUACCGUCAAUCAGUUUCUUUUUGUGAACGAGGCCUGCUAUGGCGGUGCGCAACGACAGGCAAUCUUCCUCAACACAGACGACAUAUGAGGUCUUCUCCAACACAUCGUCGUCUGGGAUGUGAGGAUCAUGCUCCCAACGACAUUCAAACAGAGGCGGCAUUCAUAUGCAGAAAUAGUCUGAGGAGGGAGCGGCCCCUGGUGAUGAUUGAAGACGAGGACGAUGACGCAGGACAGGGGAAGCAGGAGGCCAAAGACACCGCAGGACGAAGGAGUGAAUGCAGGUGAUACAUCGUGGUCUUCUCCUUGGUAUCAGGACAUGCGAAAUAUAUGAAUGUCAUGCUUUGAAGACAAUCAAUCUGUGAAAGAUGGCAGGUGAAACUUCAAGGUCGAGUGGAUUGGAGGAGGGCGGUCCAAUAGUUGCAGGUGCUGAGACAGCCUGGGAUAUGCUUCUGGAGGAGGAGACAUGCAGACACAUUACAACAUCCUGUGAAGAAUUGGAUAAUAUUUUGGGUGGUGGAAUUCAUUGCAAGGAACUCACUGAAAUUGGUGGGGUUCCAGGAAUUGGUAAAACACAACUAGGGAUUCAGUUAGCAAUUAAUGUGCAGAUUCCUGUAAAAUAUGGUGGUCUUGGAGGCAAAGCAAUUUAUAUAGACACAGAAGGCAGCUUCAUGGUUGAGCGUGCACAGCAAAUUGCAGAUGCAUGUGCCAAUGAAAUAGCAUAUGGUGCUGCUGUUCAAAGAGAACACUUUCAACCAUCUGAAGAAAGGAUUAAUGCUAACUUCUUUCUGGAAAAUAUAUUCUGCUUUCGUGUCUGUAGUUACACUGAGCAAAUUGCAGUGGUAAAUAACUUGGAUAAUUUCAUUGCCUCCCAGGAUAAUAUAAGAAUUGUCAUUAUAGACAGUAUCACUUUCCAUUUCCGUCAACAUUUUGAAGAUUUGGCCCUUAGAACUCGAGUCCUGAGCAGUAUGGUUUUGAAGCUAAUGAAGGUUGCGAAAAAGUACAAACUUGCGGUUGUGCUACUGAACCAAGUUACUUCCAAGUUUGCCAAUGGCACAUUUCAUUUAACUCUUGCAUUAGGGGAGAGCUGGUCGCAUGCAUGCACAAAUCGAGUUAUCUUGUAUUGGAGUGGAAAUGACCGGUUUGCCUCCAUUGACAAGUCAUCAUCUUUACCCGCUGCUUCAGCACCAUAUUCUGUCACAAGCUUGGGAAUCCGAAAUGCUGCUACCCCAUGCAAAAGAAUCCGGAUACAGUAGGUACUACUUGAGAAAAAAAACCAAGCUGUCAUACCAUGUAGGUUCUGCUAAUAUAUUAAGGUUGAAAAUUUGUUAGUCAACAAUUUUGGGCUACAUUUAACCUCGUCUCAAUUUUGAAUUAGUAAAAUGCACUUGUAGGGAAAGAAUUGCCAAUGUGUCAUGACCGAUCUUGUAUAAAUUUGAAUUUGUGUAUUCAAUUUUGGGAUGGAUCCUGUUUCUUUUGUUU